UCCGCCUUUGUGGUUCGCUGUGGUAAUGAGUCAUAUUUUGGGGCGUGAGGUGGCGUUGCGUUGUACUGACACACUACGGCAUGAAGACUAAGGAUUUUUUUUGAGAAUUGAUUGUUUCGUUUUCUGUAGUAAUGCGGUCCUUUAUGUUGCAUGAACUAGACUUUCAACGUAACGUAAACCCGAGAUUGUUGUACUGACUUGUCGCGUCUGAUUAUUUACCUACUGCGCAUGUGCAUUUUAGACGUUUCCGCGUUACACGGUUGUUAAUUGCGUCACGUUCGGCCCAGCUGUCAGUGGCAGCUGGUCGGUGUACACACGACAAAAUGUAUUACUUGGCGUAACUAGCGUUGUUUUCUGAUCGUUUUUACAAAGACUUUCCAUUAUUCAAAUACAAGAAAAUAAAAUUACUAAACAGCAAAAACAGUUUACCAGAUAGUUUAGCUGUUUUUGCAUUCCAAAUGUCCUAAUCCAUAUGUUGUAUUCCAAACCACUAGGUGGCAAUAUUUUCAUUAGAUAGCAAUAAAAAUAUAUGCUGGUUUAUUUACCAAUAUUGUAAUAAUCAAUAAUUGGCUAUUAGGAUUUUUUUGGGCCGCCUCUCCUUUCUUUCGUUGUUAAACAUCCAUACAUACGCAAUGCAGUCCCUUGCAAAUGAAAUUAAAACAUUUUCUAAGACCGCCCUGAAAAAACAGUGCACCCAGGUGACAACAUUAGGUGGAAAGAGACUAAUCGAAACGUGGCAGGGUUCUAAUUUGUGUGUUGUUGAAGAUGGCGGGCAGCCAGAUGGAGCGUAUGGUUACAUUGAGGAUAAUAGUUUGGAUCUUCAAGUUGGAGUCAUCAAGCCUUACCUGCUCCUUGCUUCGCAGGAUGUUGCACAUGAUUUAGACACUUUGAAAGAAUUGAAGGUUUCACACAUUUUAAAUGUCGGAUAUGGUGUUGAAAACAUUUCCCCUGAUCUGUUUGUAUAUAAAACAUUAAAUAUAUUGGACCUGCCAGAAACUGACAUCACUUCAUAUUUCCACGAGACCUCUCAGUUUAUUGACCAAGUUAAAGCAGAGGGAGGAGUGGUGCUUGUCCACUGCAAUGCGGGAGUGUCCCGCUCUGCUGCCAUAGUAAUCGGGUACCUGAUGUCCAGAGAGGGACUGGCGUUCAAUGCUGCUUUGGCCCUGGUGAAAGCAGCCAGACCUGCCAUUCGUCCGAACCCGGGUUUCUAUGAGCAGCUGAAAGACUACAGGCCGUGAGGGGGUGUGGCUGCUGGCUGUGCCGCUGGAAAUUGGAAACAUUUUAAAAAGGAAACAUUAUGACUACUGCUUUUUUUCUAUUGUCACUUUUUUAGAUUUUGAUGAUGCACUGAGUUUAAAUUUAUGUCUCAAAACAUGUUUUCCUUUUAUUCAAUUUAUAGAUUGUAUUCAGUUUAUAUAAAAGACAGGUGAAGCAAAGAUGGUCUCCUUUAUUGCAGGUAUAGACUAGUUUAAAAUGUCCGUUCCCAGAUAAUAAAGUGUUUUUUUUCUCUUCUUGUGAGGAGCUAUGAGAAAGGAUGAAAAAAAAAAUUGAUAAAAGAUGGAAAGUCAGGCACAGGGGUUUCUGCUUCAAUUUUUUCAAUGGCAGCAUUUCUUAAAGUAAUUGUCUUAAAGGCACACAGAAUUAGCCAAAUAUAAAACUGUUUUGUAUACUUUGUGCAACAGUUAGACUUUGAAUGGAGUUCUUCCAUGUUGGCACGUGUUGGCAAUUUAUGUUGAUAAAUUUGUUAAUGUUACAAAAUUCUUUCAAAAAGAACCGGCAUUAUCUUCACAGUGCUUAUUGGUGACUACUCUGAUCAACCGCCUUUAGUGAGAUGAGCUGAUCUAGGGCAAGGUCUUGAUGGUGCCAUGUUUAUUAAUGAUGAAUUUGACAGUGUUCCAAGGGAUCGCAAAAGCCCUCGAGAUCCUUUUAUAGCCAUCACCUGAUCUGUGCAUUUCCGUAGUUUUGUUUCAGACUUCAGAUAGAUCCCCACUCGCCGUUGAGUCUGCACUGCCUUGUAAGGGAGGCUGCCUAUAGUUUGAAUCAGUCACACCUUACAGUCAAACACAUAGAAGCUAAUUAACCUCUUCUGUCCCCUGUUAAGCAGUUUGUCAUACUUCUUAGGGGUUGUUGCUGAGAUUUAAAACUCAGAUUUAACCAAAUUUUAUUAAUAUGUUUUGUCCAUUUUCAUUUUUGUUUCCUUUUCACUUUGACAUAAAUAUUGGUCGUGAUUUGUACAUAAAGGCCGAAAUAAUCUGUCACUGUGUCAAACUGUAAAUCCAGCAAAGGUUACUGAAUUUAAAAUGGUUUGUAUAGACAUAAAAGCACAACAGUACACACCAGUAGGACAGUGCUCUCAUGGUAUUGUAUUGUAUUAUUUUUGUUGCAUUGUAUUUUGUAGUGGCAUUGUGCCAAUCAGUUUAGGCAGGCACGUGCCUACCCAAUAUUUUGUAAAAAUGUAUACAUUAAUUAUUCAGUCAACCUAUAACGUGCCUAUUUUGACUGUGAAUUACAUGGUGUUAAACUUACAGUAAACUUGCAAUCAGGGUAGUCUGGCUAAUGAUUGAGCUUCCUCCGUCAGAUCGCAUCUCUUAAUCCCCCUCCCCAUCCCUCAUCAUUCCCAUUUUCUACUGAAAACUCUACGCAUCAUUAACGAGUUGUCACAUCGCGACGUUCAUGCAGCUGAAUUGUUUCUGUCUGGUUGUCCCACAGACAUUACUACGUUAGCCUAGAACUGUCAUAAUAUUUCACACACAUGUCUGCUUUGGUAGCUAUGUAAUCAAUGUGCUAGCACAUACUGUGAAGCUGCGUUAUGAAUUUACAUUAAUGUUAGCUAGCUAACGUUAGACAGCAAGAUAGAAGGCGGACCGACUCAGCUCAUAGUUUUGCCUGUAGAAAUUACAGUGUUCUUAAGUAUUUGUUAGCUAGCCACAAACACCGACACAACACAGCCUUUUUCAUCUCCAUGUCAUGUUUUUUGAACACAACUAGCAAACUAUUUUCUGGCUGACGUUUACUAGCUGGUCAUCUAGCUAAAUGUAAUACUGCCAGCAGUGGUUGUAAUUUGCUGAAUAUAUUAUAAUUACAUAAAGUUUUAACAACUCUAA